ACCUCCUCCCCCACCGCUACAGCUUCACUACUAGUCUACUUCACAGCCGUUCUUAGAAAUGUCACGCAACGCUCCCCUCCUUUUAGCGCAAGCUUGAAACAACAGUAGUAACAGCUGUCAUUUGGUUGACAUGCAGUUGAACGGACAUCUGCCAGUCAUUUCACUUGUGGGAAGUAAAGGUGAGGGCGCUGUGCUCCACAACACUACGUAAGGCUUUUUCAAUUCAUUGAUUAUCAAUGAGUGAUUAGCAUACUUACUGACUUGUACUUCGAAAGUGCGUUGGACUAAAAGAGGAUGUAGAAUUCGGACUGCCGUCGUUCCUUUCAAAACGUCAACUCAAGGCGUAAAAAACGAUCCGUAGCGAAAAAUUUCGCAAGUUUUGGACUCAAGGCUAUCAAAAAGGGAACUGAAGCCCGUUUGCUCUUUGUUUUGAAAUCUUGUCUGGGAGCUCAAGUUCCAUAGAGCGCCGGAUUCGAUUACAUGCAACCAGGAUGAUCCGUAGAAGGGUUUUUACAUCGAUGGCGAUUUUGGGCGGCAUCUCUAUUAUCUGGCUCUUUAUUGCAACAGAGAGACCGAGAUUUAAAGGUCUCGCCUUACAAGAAUCCUCACAUAACACAUCAGGACCAGGGCAGUUAACAGAAGCAGAGUCCGUUCAUUUUAUGGCAUCUAGACAAGAAGAGAGAAAACGUCAAGUUAUGGCCUACUGUAAAAAGGCAAAAGCAAGAGUACUGGGGGCUAAGGACCUGAAUCAUUUCAUUGUGGAUAGAAAACAUCGAGUGGUGUACUGUUACAUUCCUAAAGUUGCGUGCAGCAGAUGGAAAAAAAUCAUGGCGGAGCUGGUUGGGUUGAGUGGCAAAUCUGUACACAAACAAAGAUUUGACCUUCUCAGCUAUCACUCCAAGGCUGAUAUACGUUAUAUUUUGCAGAACUACUACAAGUUUCUCUUCGUUCGCGAGCCUUUUGAGCGACUCUUGUCAGCAUAUAGAAACAAAUUUACUAAUAAAACUGAUAUCUACAAAAAGCACGUGCACAAAAUCAAGCAAUCUGUCAGAGUAAGACUGGGCACUAAUGAAACAUCUUCAGCGCAUAGCGGAGAAAUUAAGUUCCACCAUUUCAUAUCAUACGUAAUCAAUGUCCACUCAAAAAGGGGCAAACUCGACGAACAUUGGAAUCAUUACGAUAACCUCUGUCAUCCGUGCAAGAUAAACUUUGAUUUUAUCGGACAAUACGAGACAUUAACAGAGGAUGCUCCAUUUGUGUUACAUGAUGCGGGUGUAGAUCGUUUAGUAUCAUUUCCUCCUGUUCGCUACACAUCAACUAGGGAUAACUUAGGGCAUUAUUAUUCCAAGAUUCCGAGAGAAGACAUUUUGCGCCUCAAGAAACUUUACCGAGGCGACCUUGAAAUGUUCGGAUACAGCGCUAGAAACUCUCUAGGAAGUAUAAUAAAGUAAAAAGUUUCUGACCAAA